AUGUCGGCUCCUUGGCGUCGCUGGCGAAGGCGACCAUGGUCGACAGCUGAUGCAAUUCUGUGCUGUGCUCUAGGCUUGGGCUUGGCCGCCGCUUUUGUUGGCCCUGCAGCCAAAGAUGCUGCGACUCUUCACAGACCAAGCUCCUUGCCUUCAAGGGCUCGUGGUGGCGACAGCGACUCGCAAAGCAGCCUGGCCCUUUCGGUUCUCAUUGCUGGAGCUGGGCCUUCAGGGCUACUGCUGGCGCACCGGCUGCUUUCUGCUGGGGCAUCGGUACACCUGGUCGAGGGCCGACGUGACCCGCGAACAGACAAGUCCUUGGAGGGCCGAGCCUACGCGCUGGGGCUUGGCAUCCGUGGACGUACGGCCAUUAGGACAGCUGGAGAGAAGCUCUGGGCCUCAAUCAAGCCAAGCGGCUUUGCAAGCGAGCGAUUCAAGCUCCACUUCUCCCCAACAUUCGCAAUCGACCUCCGAACGCCGGAGGAUAACAAUGGGCUUGAGCCCAGCCUUCUGAUCUAUCAGUCUGACCUUUGCUCUGCAAUGCUGGAUGAGCUAGAGGCCUCCUUCUCUGGGUCUGGCCGGCUACAGAUUUCCUUCGAGACGCGUUUGAAGUCAGCAGAUCCGGUGUCAGGCUCGGCAGUGCUCCAGUCUGGCGAGGAGCUCGAGGAACUGCCUCCCGUAGACGUCAUUGCAGGCUGCGACGGCGUGAACUCAGCGGUUCGAGCCAGCAUUGCCAGCGCCUGCCCCGGCUUCAAGGCAGAACAGACGCCGCUUCCUGGCAGCUUGAAGGUUCUGCGAUUUCCGCAGAUGCCUGAGAAAUUGGAUCCCACCGCCGUCCAUGCUAUCCCUGGCAAGAGCGGCACCUCUGCAUUUGUGGAGCCCACAGCACGUGGAGGUUGCGCCCUCAUCAACUGGCGAGAUGCAAAGGACCCUGAGACAGGGCCCAGCCUGGGAGAUUUGGUGGACCCCACCGAGGCACAGGAGGCCCUGGAAGCCUACUUCCCCUUGAUCGCAGAUGCUUUAGACGCGGAGUCUGCGAAGCAGUUUGUGGCACAGAAGGCGUCGCGUGCUUCAAUCGUGAAGUGCAACACUUACUCCUUUGGAAGGGCUGUGCUCUUGGGGGAUGCUGCCCACUCGACCGGCGGCGCCAGUGGACAGGGCUGCAAUUCGGCCUUGCAGGAUUCUGUGGUCUUGGCCGAGCUUCUGCAGAAAGAAGUUGGGACUGGCCGUGACGUAGAGGAGGCAUUGGCUCUCUACUCGAAGAAGCAGGUGCCAGAAGGGCACGCCUUGCUUGACCUUUCGCUGGGACCUGGGGAAACAGCGGGGCCCGUGCGUCGGGCCCUUUACGGGGCUACUUCUUUUGUGGGCACGCUCUUGAGCAAGCUGGGGUUGGGUGAGCCGCCCCUACAGACAGUGCUGACUACCAGCUUGACCUCGUUUUCGGAAAUCCGUCGAGACCGGGACCUCUAUUUCGGGGCAUUCCCUUCCCAAGCCGAGUUUGAAUCGGAGAUUGAGAGAGCUACAGCAUGA